AUGACCAGCGCACGGGCAAAACCCAUGUCUCUGCAACAGCUAAUACGUAAUCUGCCUGUUCGGGUCAACCAGGCACACCCGUUUCAGAACGUUGGCAUCGAUUUAGCUGGUCCAAUUUUCGUACGUACAUCACUGAGAAACAAACGUACUCCGUUCUUCAAAGCGUACAUCACGGUAACAGAUUUAACUACCGCAGCAUUCAUUGCUAGUCUGCGAAGAUUUGUCAGACGCCGAGGAAAGCCUGCUCAUAUAUAUUGCGACAAUGCUACGAACUUUGUAGGCGCACAACGAGAACUGGAAGAACUCCGGAAACUUUUCCGAAGUGAGCAACACCAGAAUGCAGUAGCUGAUGAGUGUUCCGAUGAACGCUUCCAUUUUCACUUUAUUCCACCCCGUUCGCCUACAUUUUGUGGAAUCUGGGAGGCCUGUGUGAAGUCCGUCAAGACCUUGCUCCGUGAAAUUCUCGGAUACGCUCAUCUGACUGAAUCUGAACUGCAAACAGCGUUAGUUCAAGUGGAAGCCAUGUUAAACUCUCGCCCAAUCACUCCGAUGUCGGACAAUCCCUCCGAUGAAUACAUUUGGUGGAAUCUGGGAGGCCUGUGUGAAGUCCGUCAAGACCUUGCUCCGUGA